GCAGUACGAGAGCCAAUCGGACUGAGAGUAUGGCAGUUCCUCUCCGCUGUAAUGUUCACAGGAGUUGCUGUCAUGGCUCUCGCCUUUCCAGACCAGAUGUAUGAAGCCAUCUUUGACAAAGGCGUAGUGAGCAGCAAAACUUCCACUCGCCUCUAUGGAGGGGCCUUGUUCAGCAUCUCAUUAAUUUUUUGGAAUUCCAUGUACACGUCAGAAAAGGUUAUUAUUCGGUGGACGCUACUCACAGAAGCUUGUUACUUCAGCAUACAGCUUAUUGUUACCACAGUGACGAUGAUCGAGAGUGGCUCUCCCACCAUGGCUGCCGCUGUCCUCCUCAGUUGUUGCCUCUUCUUCCUUCUCGUCAGCUUCUACUUCUACUACCAAUAUGGCCGCAGGCCCAAGAAAAUAUGAACUUCCCUUUAUUUAGGGGGUCAUUGCGUUUCCUUUUUUCCUCCAAAA